UCCACCUCCCAGCUCUCCGCCCAGGCAGACCGCAGUCAGUCCAACAGCAGCACACCAACAACACAACAGCACCACAGUUCUCACACAUUGUAAUUCACCUGCGGGUGGAUUUAGAAACGGAGCGGAGCAUUCACCUGUCGGACCAGAGAGCUGCUUUUAACUCCUCUGAAUCACAUUUAAAGGACUUUACCUGCUGGACUCCGUCUGAGCUGAAGUGGAAUUACAGUUUGGCGCGUGGUGGAUAAUGUGGACUGCUGACAGGACGCACGCGCUCACGUCUGACAGGUGAAGUUUGGAUGAUGAUGGACACCUUGAGAGGAACAGAAAAACGGAUUUAAAGGUUGCUGUCAUAGUAACGGAACACCGCGCGCAGCUCACUCGCUGCCAGGAAAGGCACGCGCCGGGCAUGACUUCGCGGGCAUGGGUGCUGAGCUAGUUUCCCAUCACCUCCUGUGCUGUUUAACAUCACCACAACUAACAGAGAAGAUGAAGAGGAGAGCAGACAGCCGCUGAGUUAACGGGGAUAAAUUAUUCAGCUGUGGUGGAAGUGGACAACCUGCUGGGCUGAAGGAUGGCUUGUUGGAAGGCGGGCACCAUUCUCUUGCUGGUUCUGCUGGUUCUGCUCGACCCACAGCCGGUCAUCGGGAGAUCAUCUCGACAUCGCAGCUUGAGACGUCAAACUCGAGGCCACCAUGAAUACCGGCCACAGCACAACAUCACGCUGGCUGUUAUUUUACCACAGACCAACACAGAUUACCCGUGGGCUUGGCCUCGCAUUGGUCCUGCCCUGGAGCGAGCCAUCAAAGAAGUCAACGCCGACCCCACCCUGCUCCCUGACCACCACCUCGUCUAUGCUUUCAAGAACAGUGAAAAGGAUGGAAUCUGCUCCGAGUCCAUUGCCCCGCUCGUGGCUGUGGACCUUAAAUUUGCGUAUGACCCGUGGGCUUUCAUCGGGCCUGGCUGCUCCUACACCUCCUCCCCUGUUGGACUCUUCACCACCCACUGGAACGUUCCCAUGGUUACAGCGGGUGCUCCAGCCGUCGCCUUUUACGGUGGAGUCUACCCGUCCAUCACCAACACAGGCCCCACCCACAAGAAGCUGGGGAAGUUCGCCCUGCGGAUCUGUGAGCACUUUGGGUGGCGGGAGCAUGUGAUGCUUAUGUUCAGUGACAACAAGGAGGAUGAUCGGCCUUGUUACUUUGCUGUGGAGGGUUUGUACACAGAGCUGAAGGGCAUCAACAUCACCAUCGCUGACAGAGUGUUCGAAGAGAACAAGCCGGUCAACUACUCCCAAAUCAUCUCCGAUGUUCAGAACGACGGACGAGUGAUGUUUCUCUGCUGCUCACCCGACGUCUUCAGAAGGUUGAUGGUUGAGUUUCGGCGGGCAGAUCUCCCUCAUGAGCAGUUCGUCUUCUUCUACAUCGACGUGUUCGGGGACAGUCUGAACUCCACACAUGGGCAGCCGUGGGCCCGUGGAGAUGAGGACGACGCCGUGGCCAAGGAGGCCUUUCAGAGUGUGAAGAUCCUGACGUACCGAGAGCCUCAGAACCCCGAGUACAAAGAGUUUGUCCGCAACCUGAAGACCGACGCCAGGAAAAUGUUCAACUACACCAUCGAGGACUCACUGAUGAACAUCAUAGCCGGAGGAUUUUACGACGGUCUGAUGCUCUACACUCACGCUCUGAAUGAGACCAUGUCCAUGUCCGCCAGUCGGCCUCCAGGGAAAGUCGUCACCAAGAGGAUGUGGAAUCGAACCUUUCACGGUGUGACAGGACUCGUCCACCUGGAUGAGAACGGAGACAGAGAGACGGACUUCGCUCUGUGGGACAUGAUGGACACCAACACCAGCACCUUCCAGAUCGUUUUGGUGUACAACAGUUCAGAGGAGCAGCUGACGGCCAUACCAGGAACAACGCUGCACUGGCUGGGUGGAGUCCGUCCUCCUGAUAUCCCUGUUUGUGGCUUCAAGAACGACAACCCAAUCUGCCUCGCAAAGACGAUCACCAUCCACCAGAUGGUUUCCAUCGUGGUCUUCUUCAUCUUCCUGAUGACCCUCACCAUCACCGUCUUCAUCUACAGGAGGAUGAAGUUGGAGAAGGAGCUGGUGGCUCAGCUCUGGAGGAUUUCAUGGGACGACAUCCAGAUGAGUAAUUUGGACAAAGUGCUGCGCAGCGGCAGCAGGAUCACACUGUCACUGAGAGGCUCUAACUACGGCUCGCUGAUGACUGGAGAUGGAAACCUGCAGGUUUUUGCAAAGACUGGAUACUACAAGGGGAACAUCACGGCCAUCAAAUACACCAACAGGAAACGCAUCGAGCUGAACAGGAAGGUCCUGUUUGAACUCAAACAUAUGCGAGACGUUCAGAACGAACAUCUGACCAGGUUCAUCGGAGCGUGCAUCGACCCUCCCAACACCUGUAUCAUCACAGAGUACUGUCCCAGAGGAAGUCUGCAGGACAUCUUGGAGAAUGACAGCAUCACUCUGGACUGGAUGUUCAAGUACUCUCUCAUCAAUGACAUCGUCAAGGGCAUGGUGUUCCUCCACAACAGUGUCAUCUUCUCUCACGGUAAACUCAAGUCGUCCAACUGUGUCGUGGACAACCGCUUCGUCCUGAAGAUCACAGACUACGGUUUGUCCAGCUUUAGAUCUGAGAGCGACUCAGGAAAAGACGCUCACGCCUACUACGCCCAGAGGUUGUGGAUGGCUCCAGAGCUGCUCAGGAUGGAGUGUCCUCCUCCUCAGGGAACCCAGAAAGGAGACGUCUACAGCUUCGGCAUCAUCCUCCAGGAGGUGGCGCUGCGCCGAGGAGCCUUUUACCUGGAGGGAGACCCACUCAGCCCCAAAGGUGCGACACAGACAACUAUAAUAACACCAAUAACCAAAAUGUCAAACAUGAAGAACAGGGCACUUUUCCAUUAUUAGAGACUCAUUAACCACAUAUCAUUAAAGCGCUCUACAUGUCAUAAGGUGCAGCAUCCUCACGCACAGAAGCUCAGUUAAGCCCUGUUUCCACCAAACCCUUUCAAUGCAGUACCUUUGGAAACCAAUAGUAAAUGUGGGCGGGGUUGUUGUCACUCACUGCUCCGUCCAGCAUUCGCUGUAUUUCCUCAUCAGCGGUGACACAGAUGGAAGUCUGCACCUGGUUUAUCGUCCACAGAACGAGGCUGCACGCCCACAUUUUCACAACAAAAUAGAACAGGCUGCAGUGAGAGUCUCUCUCCAUGGGAUAUUUAAAAAUAGCAGCUUUGUGCAUUUAGUCCUUCUCAGGCAAGCUCAGGGGUUUAGCGUUGCUGUAGCCCACAGGAACGAUGUUCACAGCUCCACCUUUUAGUACCAGAUCUGUGUGCUAGGUACCCCAACAGAGGGUGGACCAAAAAUGGGGACGGUAAGGAACGCUUCUGUUGGUACCAUCCACAACUUUUCACUGUGGGAACAGAAAAAAGUGUACCGUGCUGAACUGGACUGCUUGGUGGAAACAGGGCUAAAGUUUUGUCCACAGUUUGUUCAACAGUGGAGUACUGUUGGGCCCAGAUGAUCUGAAAACCUGUUUGGUUUGGAGGGAUGGCACCUCAUACCUUCUGUCUUAACUUCCACAAUGAUGCCCUUUAGCUUCGCUUUCACUCUGCAACUCUUUUGGUAGGUGAAGUGGAGUAGACUACAGUUCAGUUUAAUAAGAUCACAGUAAAGUUCCGGCCUGUGUGAUGCUGAGGAUCAAUGAGUCUGCAGAAAAAGAAAAUAAAUAGUUUUUAAGAAAAGAAGUGAGCUGAACAGGCAGAACAUAGAACAACAUUUAUUGUGGUGCUAUUAGUCGCCACAUGCUGACAACACGUUUGUUCCACUGAAAUCAUUCUCUCCAGGAAUUAAGUGGAGGUUUGAAAAAUUAUGUAAAAAGCUUAAAGGAUUUGUUUGUUUUGUCGGCCAAACCACAGAAUCAGAAACCGCUUCACUCUGGAGAGUCUGGUUUAUUAAUUUAUCUCUUUCAGCUUGUCUGUGCGUGGGGGGACGUCCUUCAGCUGAGGUAGAGUCAGGAUUAAGUCGAUGGCUUGUGGAAUGAAAGUUUGGUUUGGAGGUUGGUUUUUACUACAGAUUCAUGAAGUAUGAAUUUCUAAGAAAGGAAGAAGAAGAAAAAACAGUUUUCCCCCCGAGUCAGGCCUCAGUGAAGGAAAUCAAAUCAACAAUGUGUUCCAGCAGCGCCGGGCUUCAUCACAGUGAAUCCUCCUUAUUUUACAAACAGCCUUUGAGUUUAUUCACACUUGUUAGGGCUCUGAACUGUUGGACAGAUUGGAGUGGAUGUCUGUCCCAGGAUGUCAGACAGCUUGUUUGUCCACGCAGAUACAGUCCGAGUGUCUUCAAGCAGUAAGUUCGAAAGGACAGUGACACUCAGAACAGCAAACAGCUCAAGUGUGCAGGAAGAUAAAAUCCUGUGAAACAAACUAUGAAUUCCCGGGCAUAAUGUGAAACAGCACAGCCUAACACUAAACCAUCCCUCCUGGAUUUCACAAGCUGUUUUUGUGAUUGCUGGAAAUUGCAGGAACAAGUGAAAAACAGAAUGUAUUUGUGACUGGGGACGCAGCAGCACCAUUUGAUUGCCGCUGAUCUGCUGUUGUUGCUGUCUGACGCAAAGCCUGAGUACUGUCUGCGUGAGUCACUCUCCUCCUGCUCCGUAAACUUUAAUGCACAGUGUGAGCCGACAGGUAAAGCAACUGGGAGAGUCAAUACCCAGGUUCAAAGCCUUCUGAGAAGCAGGUUCAAUCCAGGGCUCUAGGCAUUGAACACCGAAGCCGAAAACAGGUGAUAAGCCAGCGUCCACACACACAGAGCAAACAGUUCAAUAGUGUGCAACAGUACCGCAAGGGAGCAGGUAGAAGGUGACAAGCAAGGAAUCCGGAAUCAGGAGUACACACAAGGGAAACAAACGCACCUGUGUGGAGUCAACUCUAGACAGGAUGGCUCUGGCCAGCAGCAAUGAAGAGUUAAUUCCACGGUGUUCACACACAGGCAGAAUGUGCGGCCACGUGGUGAGGCAAUCCCCAACACAGGAAACCACAGGCAGAAGAAGAGGUAAACUUACUAAGGAGAGUUGGAUGACAGUCUCUUCACACAGCCAUGGGGAAAAGGAGAACAGAAACCAGGAGGGCAGAAGCAGAGCUCUUGCUCGAGGACAGAAGGCUGAACGGUUUACUGGGGCGCAGACGAAGCCGAGGAGUCAGAGGCAGGCGAGGUCAGCAACGAGGACGCAGACCAAGGAUUAACGCUGGAAAGUCUUGCAUGAUAUGGCGAAGAACAAUCUGACAAGGAGAGUCUUUAUAGUGGCAGGGGGUAAUGAGGGACAGGUGAGCAGGGUUAGCUUGAUGAGGUGGGUGUGGUGGACCGGCGGGAGCGGGAAAUGUGGACAGGUGAUAGGCUGGCAGGUAGGUGUGGAGUGGAAAUGGAAAACUACUGAGUGAGCUGAGAAGAUGCCAUGUAUGGCAGGUCAGAGGAGCACACUGCAACACUUAAUCCCAUGGUCUCCUCCGCCUUUUAUCUUG